GCCGUUCUUUCGUUGGUCGUGAUGAGUACAGAGGAGCGUCCGUUGGCGGUGGCACCACGCACCAACAGCAUCGAUGAGUUCAUCAAGCAGGUCAAGGCCCGGGGCGCCAAGUACAAACCCGAGGGGCUGGAGUUGGUCGAGGCCCUCAUCGCCAGCCAGGACGACCAGGCGGCAUUUGACAACUGCCUCAUGCAGCUGGAGUGGCAUGUCACCGGCAUCGGGGCGGCGCAGGAUCAGCAGCGGGCCUAUGAUUUGACGGCGGUGAUGGUGAAUCGCAAGGCGUUGAGGGUGCUGAUUGAGGCCAUGAGGGCGCCCAAGACGCCCGAGAGCCAAGUACAUGCUUCAAAGUGAGAAGGAGAGAGCGAAGAGGGUGCCUGGAGACGGCCGUUUGUUCAUUGCUCUGUCUGUGUGGUUGUGUGUUGGAAUGUGUGUAUCGUGUGGUGCAGCAUCGUAGAGGCGUUGUGUCGGUUGAGCCACCCCUCCUUCAUCCUCACCUACUCGGGCACCCUCGACCCCCCUGACGUAGCCGUAAGCCGAGCCAAACAAAAGCAGAGAGAAGAAAGAACUCUCUCAUCUCUCCUCUCUCUCACCUCAUUGUAGGGUUACUUCGCCUGCAUCAAUCGCAUCCCGCUGCACCCCACCGACAAGGUCUACAAGCCCCACACCCUCGCCGAGCACGUCACACGAGCUCGGUUCCGGCUGCUGUGGGCGGCUGGCAAGGUGAGCGCCGAGGGGGCCUCCAUAUGGCGGGGCACCGACAUCGACUUCCGCGACUACAUCUUGACCCACUACCCCGAAGUGGUCCCCGAGUGUAUGGGCAUCGUGGGGUCGCCGGGCCACAUGGCCGGGGAAGCGGCCUUGGACUUCUUGGGGGUCCUGAUGAUCAAGGAUGCCUGGCCGUCGGUCAUGCCGGUUUCCGGUGAGUAUAAGGAAGGGGUGGAGAGAUGCAUGUGGAGAGACCUCUCUCUCUUUGUGUGUGUGUGUGUCUGUUGUGUGUGUAUGUGUGUUUAUGGGAUGCAGUUGUGAUGGGCAUGACCACUGGAUUGGUGGACGGGGCCAUCGGAAGGGCAUGCUUCAUCGAGCAGCAGCUCCAGCAACUCAGAAGCAGCUGCAGCACCAGCAGCAGCGUUGGGAGUGGUGGGGGUGAGGAUGCCGCCGCCGGGCAGCCCACCAAGGCGAGUACCUCCAGCACCGCCAUCACCACCGCCACCACCAGCAGCACCACCAGCAGUGAGGUGGUCUUGGAUGAGUCCAAGUACGUCGGCCUGGUGCACACGCUCGACCUGGCCAGCUGGAUGGAGAGCAACCUGCGCAGGGCACUGGAGAAAAGUAGGCCAGCCGCAGGCAGCACAGGGGGGAGUGGUGGGUGGCUCGUCCAUCAAAAGAGGCACCAGCAAUGUGUCACAUGGAUACUAUGAGUCCUUUCCAUCUCCCCUCCCCCCAAUUGAGCAUGGCUGUCAGUGCGCAAGGACGACUUUGAGGAAGUCUACCACGCGGCCGUCAAGGUGACACACACACACACACACACACACAGAGAGAGAGAGAGAGAGAAUGGCUCCCUGGGGUGCACGUGGGUGUGGGUGUGGGUGUGGGUGUGUGGGCAGGAACACUGUCGGCAGAAGAUGGUGUCCAACCUGGCAGCGCUGGCCAAGGGUCAGUGCUGCGAGGACAAGCCCGUGCUCAAGUGGACAGCCACCAUGGUCCUGAGCUACAUCCUCAACCUGGCCACUGAGCGUACACACGCACACACACAGAUGCACACGCGCACAGCCCCGGUGUGUUUGGUUUGCCUUGAUGCAGCGUGGCUCACUGACGGCAACGGGCAUCUGGUGGACGCCGCCGGCGUUCGUAACGGCCACUGCAGGAUGGUGUUCGACGAUGAGGAGGUCCUCAGACACAUCGCACAGACAUUCAGGUGCGUGUGUGCGUGGGGGCGUGCAUCAAAACCAAUCCACUGUCCACCGUGUGUGUGUGGAUGCAGGAAGGAGCCCCGCGGGCACCCCCGUCUGCUGAAGCACCACAUGAUCUGUAUCACCUUCCUGCCGUGGCUGCUCAUGGGUUCGUUGUGUGGACGCCCACACGCACACACCGACGGCACAGCACACACACGUGUGUGCGUGUGUGUGUGCGUCAGAGGUGAUGGACCACGCGAGCGUGGUGCGUGUGGGGUUCCUCACGACGCUCAUCAGGCUGGCCAAAGAGGAGAGAAUCAUCAAGGGCGAACUCGGUACCGAUGGAUGGAUGGAUGGAUGGAUGUGGGCGUGCGUGACACGGCACAGACAGCCUGAGAUGAUGACAUUGUGUGUGUGUGUGUGUGUGCGUUGUGCAGGUCGCUUGUGCACCGCCCGUGUGCUGUAUCUGUUGGGAGUUCUCGCCAAAGGCCACGAGAAGGUCAUCCUAUACCCAACACACGCACAGACAGCGAUCCUUCCUACUAGUCCGUGUGUGAGUGUGGGUGCAGGAGUGUGUUCGCGAGGGUUUGCUGGAGGGUUUGUGUAGUCUGCUGUACUGGCAGGCCAGGGGCGAGCUGGCCGUCAACGUCGAAGCCGCCGCAUGCCUCAUGCUCGAGGACAUCGUCAGGUCAGCCACGACAGCUGACACCCCAACACACGGCAACACACAUAUUACACCUCUGUGUGUGUGUGUGUGUGUAUGUGUGUGUAUGUGUGUGUUCAGGUACGGCGAUAGUUUGGUGGACCAGGGCACCCACCGCCGCAACAGCUACGUCCACAUCAUCCUGCAGGUCAGCACCACAGACAAUGGCAGCAAAUAUUAUCCCCCUUGAGUUGUGUGUCGCAUAAAUGUGUCUUCUCUGCUGCAGCUAGAUUGCGUCAAGAAGAUGCGGGCAUCCGCCCACAAGACCCGCAAGGGCAGCCAACUCAACGUGCAGCAGAAUGUGCGCCGAUCCACCCACCCAACACACCCUCACACCCACAUGAGGCACUCCACCCCGUAUGUGUGUGUGUUCAGCUUUUGGACUUCUUCUCGCGCAUCGAGGGCGAGGAGUUCCAGCGCACCGACAGGAUGAUGGAGAGCUUCGACGACGACCACCAACACACAAACCACCACCAACCCCACUCCACGGCCACAUUACUGUCGUCAUACGGCAGGAGGGGAGGGGGCGACAAGAAGCACACAGCCAACCGAAGAGCAAAGGGCGGACGCACCAGCACCAACACCAACACCAAGACACACACGCAGCAGCAGCAGCAGCAGCAGCGCACCAAUGCCGCUGGGGGGUGAGCAGGAACAGAAGUUUACCCACAAAGGCCUGUCCACACACAAGGGCUUGUUCCUUGCCGUGAUGUCUGAUCGAUUUAUGUGUUAGGGGUGGUGAAGGGCAGCCAAGUGAGGGCGGCUCACCUUCGCCCGACGGCAAUGAUGGCAGUCCGGCUGCCGCGAGCUCCUCUGCUGCAAGCCCCGACGACGGGUGACCGACACGAGCACACAGAGAGAGGAGAGGCCGGCCGGGCUGACAUUUCUUCCUGUGAGUGUUGUGUGCAGGUGUGUCCCAUCUGACCCUUCGCUUAGCCCCGGCAACGGCAAUGCUGCCGAUGACCACCACCAGGAUACUGAUGGGUGCGGACAAACAAACAAAACACGCACGACACACGGACAGAAGCCAUCAUCAUCCAGGCAGCCACACACCCGCACACCCACACACCAUCUCCCGCUAUUUGUCUGUCAUCUGUCAGUGCCCCCGAGUUAUCGGAUCGGUUCCAGGCCAUAGUUGCCGAGGAGGAGGACCUGAACGGCCACCCCCCGCCGGAACGCGUAAUGCGUAGCUUGCGCGUCGAGACCCACACGUGCGUGAGAAGACACCCGCACCGCAACACAGACACAGCUGCACACAGCACGACCGUAUGUGGGCUGGGUUUGCAGGACGGUAGAGAAUGUGGAGGAGGACAACGCUCUUAACUCGGGCAGCAAGAAUGAGACCAGGUCGGUGGGGAGGCAGGCAGGCAGCGAGGCAGCCAGAUGGUUCACACAUCUGUGUGUUGGUAUGUGGGUGUGUCAUUUGGGUGUGUCGUGUCGAUGUGUGUGUCGUGUCGGUCAGGUGUGAUGCGGAGAGGGAGAUCGAGUCGCUGAAGCAGCAGCUGGCCGAGAAGGACGCUAUCAUAGACAACAUGCAGCAGACCCAGCACUGGUACACACACACACACACGCACACACACACACUCACACGCACACUCACACAAACUCUCUCUCUCGGCGUGUGUGUGUGUAGGUCUGCUGCCAAGGUGCGCGAGUUGGACAUGGUCAGGUUCGAGAGCCAGCUCAAGGACGCACUCAUCCUCGACAAGGACAGACAGAUAGAACGGUUCGUGUUUGUGGGUGGGUGGGUGGGUGGGCGAGUCGAAGGCACCAUACGGUCACACGCCGCCCGUAUGUGUUGCUGCCAACAUGAUCAGGUUGGAGAAGUCCUUCGCCCAUCUCAACAGCGACCCAGCCGAGUGAGCAUCCCAUAUUCCUCAACCACACGCACACGCGCACCUCUGUCACCUUAAGCUAUCCCUGUCUGUCUGUGUGUGUGUGUGUAUGUGUGUGUAUGUGGCGAUAGGUUGUCGGCUGAGCUGUCGUCGCUGACUACCGAGUCGCAGCUGCAGGACUUCUCCGCCCGUCUGAUGGACCGGCAGGUGGCCCUCUCAGAGACCAUGAGCGUCAUCUCCCGGCAGCUGCCCGUGCUGCAGAGCCUCUCCAUGCAGACGCAGCAGAGUAUACACGCAGUGAGGGCGGAGGAGGGCCGGGCUGCCGGGCAGGGGCAGCCGACAGAUUAGGGAAGGGAGGAGAGAGAGGGGAGAGGAAGUCCUUUCUUCGUUUCAUUCUGGUUGUGGAUAUGUGGAUACGUUCACUCGUGUGCUUUUCCCACCCUCCAGUAGCCAUCCAUACGUCGCGCCUGACUGGUGCAUGCUCGUGUGACGUUGUUUAUCGGUCGGUCAUCGGACAGCUGGCCAUACGAAGCCGUUGGUCAUCAUCACCGACCGCAUGGGAGUUCAAACUCUUCACGCG